UGUUCCAUUCAUCCAUCCAUCCAUCGAGCUGCUAUAGCUACUUUCUUCACACAGGCAAGUAGUGGGGUUCGAUUCAGAGGUUCAGGCAUGGCAGCUCCGACGAGAGGGCUCGUCCUCGCCGUCCUUCUGGCGAUCGCCGUCGCCAACGCCGAGGCGGCGUCCGUCGUCGUCGGCCUGGCCAAGUGCACCGACUGCACCAGGAAGAACAUGAAGGCCGAGGAAGCUUUCAAAGGUCUUGAGGUGGCGAUCAAGUGCAAGAACGUCCACGGUGACUACGAGAGCAAGGCCGUGGGUGCCAUCGACGGCACCGGCGCCUUCAGCGUGCCCCUCGCUUCUGACCUCCAUGGCGCCGACUGCGUCGCUCAGCUCCACAGCGCCGCCUCCAACGUGCCGUGCGCCGGCCAGGAGCCGUCAAAGAUCGCGCCGGUGUCUGAGAGCACCACCUUCAGCAUCAUCGCCGGUGACAACACCGCCACACUGUCCGAGGCAUCGCCAGAGUGCGCGUCCAUGAAACUGUGCGGACCGAUCAAGAAGCACAUCAUCGAACACUUCCACCACAAGAAGCCCGUGCCACCGAAGCCGGAGCCCAAGCCCCAGCCUCACCCGGACUAUGGCCCCGUGCCCAAGCCGGAGCCCAAGCCGCAGCCCCACCGCCCCGACUACCACCCCGUCCCUCCCACGCCCACCUACGGCGGCAGCGGCGGCGGCGGUGGAUACCACGGACACCACUGACUCCGAUCUGCCACCCUCCCACCCAGCACUGAAAUCCCCACGGUUGUUUCGUACUCGGAGUGACGUUGCUAUUUAUGAUCGCCGCAUGCACGGUUGGUUUAGCCUUUUAUCAUUCCCUACCCUGUUUUCCAGUAUCUGCAGAAUGAUUUCAGAAUAACUGUUAUGAGGGUCAGGGGUCAGUGUGUCAGACAUGUGUGUGGGUGUUGGUGUUUCUUUACCAAGGUUUGUAAUAUCUGUAUCAUUUUUUGUAAGAUGAAGUUAUUAUUUAUGAAUCAAGCUAUAUAUAAUCAA